GGCGCGAGGCUAGACUGUUGCCGCUCAGCCUCAGUUCAUCCUUGUGUGUGUGUACAGUGUGAGGGAACACGAUGAGGCCAAACAUCAAAUAAUAUGUGAAUUACAUGUGUUCUUAUUAAGGAUUUACUUCCCUGGGAUUUUUUAAUGCAGCUUGUUGAAGAAAUAUCUGCAAAAAUGGCGGAACAAACUGAUACAGAAAUGAAAGACCUUGUAGACUGAUCUGUAUAACUCACUGGGAAGUAUCCAGGGUGCAUUACCUACAGACCAGUCAGACAGACUCCGCGGAUCAAGCAGGAGCGGCUGGAUGACCGGGAGAUCAACCAGCUGGCUAUUGAAAUGGCUGAGAAGAACAAGCAGAAGAUGAUCUCCCAGGCAGCACAGAUUGCCCAGCAGACCCAGGCUUCACAACAGGCCCUGCAGCGUGCUGGUGGACAACAGAUGAUCACAUUUUACUUCAAUCGUGAGAAAAAUAAGGAUAUAGGAAGUGAAGACUCCAUUAUUCCCAAGAAGUUGGACGAAAAGAAGAAAGGGACCAUUGAUGAGGAGAGUGUGCGAGGGCGUUUUGGCUGGUCCAUCAUCCACAGCACUCACAUCCCGUACGUGUUCAGACGGGAGGACAAAUACUGUGCAGUGAGGAUGGUGGAAACAAAGUUGCUUAACAAAUACCUGAGCUACCUCCCUCAUGAGAUAACCACGUGCAUUCAUGUAAGAAGUUACUUUAUCACAGAAGCAGAGGCAAAGUUACUAAAUGAAAUAAACAUGAAGCAUUGUGAGUUUCAGUUUGGACGCGACCUUUUCACAACCAAAGAUUUAGUGGUGAGAUUACAGGAUGCACAGUGCUUUUACAAGUUCCUAGAUACAUGCUUUAAGAAAUUGGUGCAAAAAUCUCACGAGCAAAGUGAAUAUUGUGGAUUUGUGAGAAUAAAUGGUGAGAGUGUUGUGCCGUAUACUGUAAAAGAUAAAGAAAAGUACGUACCUUUAUUUUAUUUUGAGGGUGAAACAGAUACACUAAAGCUAAAGGCAGAAAAAGUUGAUAAUUGGGAACUUGCGUACCUCAAAUUUUGUUGUAAAGUUCAAGGAAUAAGAAACGAAUUAUUUGCCAGUGAUACUUGUGCAGUGGUUAGUUUAGAGGAUGUGCAACAGUAUUUCCCAAAGGAUACACAGUUUGAGGAUUGGUGGCCACAGAAAACAGCAGAACCAAUGAAAGUUGCGAGUCACGGCACAAAACCUGGGGGGAUGUGGACACAAAGACCUCCUGGGGGAUCCUCUGGUGGGUUAACACAAACCUCAUUGGCAUCCUCCUCAACUACUCUAACACCUAUUGCCAGCAAGCCUCCAACCGCAACAACAGCUUCUAGCCACACACCACCUGCCUCCUCAGUGGCUGUUUCAGUAGCGGGCACCUCUAAUUCUCUGGCGUCGUUGACUAGCUCGCUUAAUAAUAUCAACUCUCUCAACUCCCUGUACUCUCAGUGGGCCACUCUGGUCAAUGGUCAAGCAGCAGCAGCAGCUGCAGCAUCUGCAUACACUGGUACUCCUAAUAUGCAGGCACUACUCUCGGGUCUUACCUCUGAACAGAUGAGAAGGUUACAACCACAAGUUUCCUUGCCUGCAUCAACACCAUUAAUUUCAUCCAUAACAGCAUCUCAAAGUACAGUACGGCCACCACCUUUAGUUCGGUCAUCUGCAGCAAUCAGUGCAGUCUCCACCUCUACCUCUUCGAGUGCUGCUCGCCUGGCAAGUAGCACCUUAGAUGCCACGCUACGUCAGUUGGGUUACUCCGCAGCACAGCUUAAUCAGUCAACAUUAAGCUCUCUCGUUGCUGCUACUCCUACCAUGCAUUCGUAUAACACCAGACAGUCCAGCAAUGCACACCAUAAUUCCACAGCAAACAGCAGCUCAAAAUCCUUGUCAAAAGCUCCUCCUCCACUCAUUCCUGUGGCUAAUGGCCUGCGACCUGAUAAUUUAUCUAGUCACAAAGGAGUGGGUAGAAAUGGACUUGACAAACAGAGACUCGUUGAUACACCUGCUUUCAGACCAGACCCUACGAGACAAGAGCCUCCUUACAAAGUCAGAAAGAUGGUUAUGGACGGUAAGGGUGUAUUAUGCAUAAACCGCACUGCGUAUACUCAUCAGAACUCCACCGACUUCAACAUGGUGGCUAUACAAGAUGUAAUCAAGGACUUUUUUCCUGCGGCCACUUUAACAGAAUGCAUCGAGGUGUUUCAGAAUGUCCUAACUGUUACUGUAUACAAAGCCAACUGGCACCAAGUUAACACAUUGAUGAGUGCGUGGGGAAGCGCAGUCGCUCCAGACAUUGUACCUCUCAUCUUUGCGACAGACCUUAUCACAUAUCUCUCGCAGAUAAAGUACAUUUUCCAGCGACAUAACACCCUUAGCCAGUCUCAGGCUAAGCGUAUUCGGACAACUUGAUGGUUAGAAGGCUUGUAGUGAAGAUUGUCAUGAAUAAACCUCAUUAAUAAAAAUAUGAAUAUAUAUAUAUAUACCCAGUGUAAAGGAUACAUUAUUUUCACAAACACUAAAGGCAUUGUUCAUGAAUCGUAUAUUGUAAAAAUUUUGUUUAAUCGAUAAGAAAUUAUUAAACAAAGAUGGAAGAACUGGGAAAUAAUCCGGUUAUUAAUGUGUUAAUAAACGUUAAUGGGUAGUACUGUAUUUAGAAAAGAAUUAAUGAGGUUUCACCAUACUGUAGUGUUAAUGGGAUUGGUGAUAAGAGGAAAAUAUGUAGGCAGCCAUUGGAUGGAGACGGCUGCUGUACUUCAUAGCAUUCAACAUUACAAGUGUAUUAAGACCAAAGGAAAAGUUUCGAAAGGAGCAUUGAGGUGACAAGACUCAAGAGUAUUCUCGUAUCCCACUCGUUGGGUAUUGUGAUAGUUAAUCUAAAGUGAGAAGUGUUUGAAGUUAAACGAGAUUGAAAGGUUAAAAAGAAACACCAUAGCAACCAAAGUAUAAGGUGCUGAGACUUCUGGUAAGUGGUGUUUCAGUUAUUGACAAUACAGAAAUGUGGCACCUGUUAUUUUUUGUAUUAUUGACUUUAAUAAUUUAUUACCAAGCAGUGAACAUUUCAAAGAGCAAAUGUUAGUUUGUACAGAUGAGAGUGAAGUCCACUUGUGGUGGAAUUUGUAUUUAAUGGUAUAGUUAAUGAAAGAAGUGAAAUAAGAAAGUUGUGUAAACCCUGAGAAUAAGUUAAAUUCAUCCAUGUUAUUGGUCUGAAGAAUCUCACUCUUAACCAACAUCAGUCAUCUUCAGUAUGGGCAGAUUAUAUUAAAAAAAAUUCUCUUCUUUUUUCUUUUAGUAAAUGAUGUACUUGCUGUACAAAUAAAAUGAUUGAACACUUGAAGCAUUCUGGAAGUAAGCAGAACUAACUGAGGAAUCUCUUAGGGCUCAUUCUUAGCAAAACUCAUAUGCGAGUGCUUAACAGGUGAAUUCAUCUUGUCUUAAAUUAGUUAAUCUGAAGUUUGCUUUCAGUUGUCAACACUAAAAUGUAAUGCUGUAUUGGUAUUGUUAGAUAGAACUAGUUGAUUCUACAUUAUUUGGAUGUAGAAAUGACAACUAGUAGUGAUGGUAUUUAAUUGGCUGGCAAAGACUUGUAUCCAGGCUGGACUGUUGCCUUCCAGCAGGAUGGGGAUAAGAAGUUUAUUCUGGACAAUAUUGAGUAUUUCUGUGGAAUGUAUUUAUGGUGAUGAUAUAGAGGUAAACUUUCCCAGAAUACUAUGCAAGUGCCAUUUUAUAUUGAAGGCAAGUUCCUCAUUUUGCAGAUUAUUUUCAAUGAGUUUUCUGUUCAUUAACUUAUCUAUGCCUUUAGCAUCAGGGACCCAUGACCUUGUAAUGUGUACAUAUAUUAUCAUCUGAAAUCUUCUUAAUACUGUAUUGGUGGCUUUACUCAGUCUGGUCGUUAUAAUAUUUCUUCUCAACAGUAAGAACUCCUUUAUCUCGUUUAUAUUUAAUUUAUUUGUUGUUGAAGAGCUGACAUCAUCCACAAUAUAUGCUAAGGGAUAUCUGCCUCCUUGCUUGUUUGAGGUGUAUGUUCUGUAAGACAAAAGAGUGCUUGCAAGAGUAAGAGUUCAGACAGAAGGGGAAGAUGAAAGUUGAGAAAUGAAUAACAGUGAACAGAUAAAGAGAGUUAAUAAUCCAAGUCACUGGAGGAGAAUAUGGACUGUGAAUUAUGACAAGUAGAUGUGAACGUGGCCUAGAGAAUUACACACAUGCACAUUAUUUAUUUUGCAUUUAUUAGUGGAGGUAUUCUGUUUAUUUCUCUGUACACAGUAGUAAAAGCAUGUAGCGAUUGAUUUAUUUCCGAAUAACCAGACCAACAUGCAAACUGGAAAGGGUUGUCAAUCGUCUUGGGCUAAAGUCACUUGAUCGUGUCGUAUAAAAGUGCCAUGGGUUCAUAUUCCCACAUUGAACUUUCAUGAAUAAUAUAAUAUUCUCUCAAUUAAAAUGUUCUUAGUUUGGUUUUAUUUAUUUUAUUUUUCUUCUAUUUUCCUCUUUGUGUAAAUUUGGCAAGGCAUUUGUCAUUAUUUUAUCACAUCAUUAUAUCGUAGUGAAAAAGCGCUAACUGCUUCACUUAAGUUGUAGUCAAAUCAGUUAGUUGAGUUUAUCAGUGAAUGUUUUCUUGUUGCUGUAAGAUCAAUCGUUAAAGACUAAGAUGUAGAUAGUUUGGGUAUUUGUAUUUCUAUUCUUAUCUCAUCAUCUUACAAACUACACUUAAAGCACCUCUCUCUUCCAUUAUUUUCCUUAUGUUUCUUGUGUCCUGUGAUCGACCUAACACUUAUGUAGAAGGGGCGUUUAUAAAAUGUUAUUCCACAAUGCAUAUCCUUGUGGAAAUACACAGUUGAUGAUGAUGACGUAAUAGGUAUUGAAUUGGUUAUCAGCAGAAAUGUCAAGGAUAAUUAUGCAUUUACCAUUGUACGUAAGAUGCAGUGUGAAAUUGUUGUUAGGAUAGAAAACAAGUGUGUGUAGUGUGGAAACAGUUGAUACUAUUAUCAGUGUGGUGCUUGUAGAUGGAAAAUGACUUGUUAUAAUUGUGUAAACUUUUUGAAUAUGUAAUUAUCAUGAGUGAAGCGUAUAGUGGUUGGGCUGUUAACAGAAAUGCUCAAUACUUCUGAAAACUAUUUUGAAUUGUAGAACUUUCCAUCCAUGUGAUAUUUGUCAAUUCCUGUAUUCAAAGUAGACAGCAAUUUAAAAAAAAAAACUUCCUCAAUCACUUCAAACACAGUACAAAUAUGAAUAUAUGGAAGCUGAGUCAUAGCUGGACUUUGUAUGAGAAUGGAGUCUUCGUUGGAAAGUCUGAACACAUGAACUUUUUUUGUUAUACCUGUACACUGGAUAGUGUUGAAGAUUGUAUACUAUUGUCUCCUUAAUUUCAUCUUUAGCCAUUUACAAACAGUAGGACGGGUGAUGUAGAAUCUUCCACGAAUCCUUUCACUACUGCUGAUCUUCAUGAAAAUUGUCAUAUAUUUACCCACUGACUUGCCUCUGAUCUUCCUCUUCACCUUCAUAUGCUUGGCUAUACUCUAUAUCUUACAUUCUUACCCUCAAUGCCCAAACUGCCUGAAGUACAGUAUUGUGUUUUAUUACAUCAGUAGCUGCCGUCCGUCAGUUCUAAAUCUUCUCUUGCUUCCUUGAUGUGAAUCUACUACCUUUUCCAGACUUUCAAUCCUCUUUUCACCUUGUAGAAAUGUGGCAGAAAAAUGUUUUGUUGUUCUCCUUUCAGAUGGGCAAAGAGUUUCCAGCUGAGACGUGGCAUUGCCAGUCCUUGAUGUUAUAGAUUGACCAAACUCUAUUACUGUAUACCACCUCUAUUAUCAUCUAAAAAAUUCAUCAUCAACUUUGCUCCUUAAAUUGGUAAUUGGAAAAACAUUAACCAUGUCAGGGUUUUCUCUUCCACCAAGAUAUGUAAGAAAGUACAUAAGAUACUAUAUAGAUAAGGGAGUUCUUACAAAGUUUCUGGUAAGUUUUGUUGCUACGUUGUACUUUUUCUAUUGUAAUUGCUGUCUUGGUUUCUAUGGAGGAAAUACCAAAGUCCACACUUCAUAAUGAACUGGACAGUAUAAAGGAGUAAUGUUUGCUCUUAUCCAAUAGUAGUUUUCUUUGUCACACAUGAAAUUGUUACAGUUCUUGUGGCCAAGGUGAGGGCAAUUAUGAAAUGUGAUAACAGGAAGCUCUAUGACUUCCCUCAACAGUCAGUCUCUAGUACCUGAUUUUUUUCCAGCUGAAAUUUAGGAGAUACAGUACCAUAAUGCAGUAUUCACAGAAGGCUGGUAGCAUCAGCUAUGUAGGUGUUGUCAUAAGGCAGCAUGGAACGUGGCUGUGUUUUAGUUUUGACUGCCGUAGUGUCUGACGUCAGAACUACACCUUCACUGUUGUAAUAAACUAUGUUGAAAAGAAAGUCUUUUCUUUAUUUUCUUUACAGCUAGUUUUGGAAUUCAUGCCUGUUAGUGCCAACACCAGCUUUCCUAGAAUACAUAUAUUUUAGUGUUGAUGGGCAGAAGGUUGAAACUCGUCACAUGGUUGUGCAAAAAGCAUUUACAUCUUCAGUACUGUGUGUAUGCUGCUUGGCCAAGAUUGGUAAAGAUACAUCACUGGCAUGUGUCUUCAUUUUGACACUUGCAGAGAAGAAAAGAUAAAUUAUAUAUUCCAAUUUAUCUCAAGGACAGAACUCAGAUGGAAUCAAACAGGAGUAAGAGAUAUCACCUUUGGAUACCACCAUUAUGAACACAGGCAGACUUCUCCUCCAUGAGAUUACAAGAUAGUGAAUUGCUUUACUGUGGCUCAUGAUACCUGAAGAUGUGACAUGACUAGUACGUGAUAGUAAAGUAAGUUAACACAGCUUAAUUUUAGAAUAUUUAUUUCCUUUAUUUUAGUAGUUGGUACUUUUUUCAUCAUCUUGCAAUGGAAUUAGCCAGCACUGCAGAGGAUGUAGUUAUAUUGUUAGCUGUCCCGGGUGAUUUAGAAUAUUGUACUGUACUGUACUACCUCACAACUAGUUCUUUGAAAAAAAAAAGUAGAAAAAAUUAUAUCAAGUAGGUAUGAUUUGGUGUAGACAGUAGACCUUUGGCAUUAUUGUUAUCACUAUGACUAACACGGGAGAAGUCAAAGGAUAUCUCAUUCAUUUUUUCUUGAUUACUUUUUACUCUACAUUGGCCUCUGCCUUUUCAGUCUCUUAUUGUCCUCUCAGUAAUACCAAUUAUAUACAGGUAUCUCAUUUUUGUCACUGAGGUGAUGAGAUGAUACAACAAUAAUGGGGCCUUCAUCAUCUGUAAACAGACAUAAUUGAAAUGUUGAUAAAACUUUGAGGGAAUGUAUUAGCGGUCAAUACACUUACGUGACCUUGAUGGAGUGACCAGGUUCUAUAUAAAUCUUUCGAGCAAAAGAAGUAGGAACGAUCUAGGGAGCAUCUUGGUGUGAAAAUUUUUGAGCUGUGAUUCACCUUUUGAAGAGAUUAGGUCGCAAUGUUAAAAAAAACUGUGCCCCAACCAUCCCAUCCAAAAAUGGAGACAGGCACAGCUCUUUUGCUGUUUACAGUAACAGCAUCGUCAACUUUGUUAAGUUUUGUGAUUAAGUCCAUUUCUCAACAAAUUGCCAAUAAAUCACUUGUUUUUGUAUCUUUUUACUGUACAGUAGCUUCUGUUCUCUCACUUCAGAUUUACUUCUUACCUGCUUGUGCUUGGAGGCAGCUCUCCUCCUCUUAACUUAAUCUUACUUUUCUGAACAAGCAAAUAGUAACCCCUACUUAUGUGGUAACCAAACCAACAUGUAGAAGAAUUCAUUAAUGCUGCCCAAUCUAACUAUUAAAAGUAUAGAGAUGAUGAAGGCUAUAAUUUAAGCUUUUUGAAAAUUAUAUACUGUAUUUUUUAAAAGACUGAAGUUGAGAUUGGAAUCCUUCAUUCCAUGUAUGAAUAAGUGAAAUAAUUAUAGUAAUAAGUUGUAUAAUACUAAAAAUAUCUUUCAUCAUUACUGUACUGUGACGUUUCCCAGUUAUGGUCAUUAGAAAGGUCAUUAAAGGUCACACACCACUUAAAUUCAGCUCUUAUGAGAUUUUUCUUAGUGGAUCAUCCCUACCAAAUUUGUUAUGCUUAAAAGAUAAUGUCAACAAGCACACCAACACCCAGACAAUGCCGGGCACAUUAUCGUCACAUCUUUAAUUUUAUAGUGAGAAAAAGGAAUUUUUUUUACGUACAUACUGUAAUACGUGAACUGGUUGCCACUGUGGUACUAAAGUGCAAAUGUGAAAGACUUAAGCUGCUGGAACACAGACUUGGUUAAUGGAUUUAGGUGAUUGUAAUGGGUUCAGAACUUGUGAUGUGUUAUGUAUAAGUGCAGGAAAGAUGCAGUUGUAUCUGUACACCAUAAAUUAGUUGAGUUUCUACCUUCUGCCUUCAGAAAAUUUGUUUGGAUUUAAAUUCAAGGGAAUGAAAUUAAAAUUUAAUACAUCAAAACUGAUACUGAAAUGGAUGUCAGUUCAAGUUCCCUGUAAAUGUUUUUAAUCCCAGCAGAUGGACCAUAUGCCUAAGCACUCACAACUAGUUAUUAGACUAGCCAGGAGCCACAGUAACUUUUUUUUUAUAGGAAUUGAUUGGGAUUACUGCAAUUUACAUUAAGGUUUUAUGUAACUGACUUGCCCACACGCAGAGUAUCUUGUGCAGUAGUUAUAGCUGAAGUGUUGACGUACAUUUCACCUUGUAUUAAAACAAUGGGCUUUAUAAACGACCCUCAAGGAUGUACUGGAAGGUUAGAGGAUUUUGCCAGUUUCCCUUUUAGCUUCUUGAGGGUCUUAAAAGUCUUUUCAAUUAUGUAUCUUUACUGUUCAUGAGAAACUCUUCUGAUGUGGUAAGGUGGCGGUGUCAUCACUUACUGUUCAUAUGAAGUUUGAUCCUGGUGUUACGCAGGCUUACAACAAUGGUACAAGGUAUUCAUGUCAAUUUAAUUUUGCCUCAUAUCAUUAUAUUUAAGAAUAGUCUAGAUUCUUUUAUACCACUGUAAAGGUAAGCUAAAAACAAGUAUCUAUGAAAUGUCAGUCAGUGCCAAUACAGUUGCAAUAGAACAAUAAUAACUUGACAUAAAUCAAGAAUCUGACAGUUCAGUGAGGAGCUAGUUGGUAUCUUAGGGAAUUUCUUCAAUGUGAGUAAAGUAACACCACAUGAAGUAUCUGGGCUUUUUGCUUACCUUUUUUUUCCAAACUACAAAGCAACUUUUCAUAUCUCUCCAUUCCAGUUCAUGAUAGUCAUACCACAUCAUAACUAAGGCCAAAAUUUAAAAGCAUUACUUUUGGAUAAAUAAUUAUCAUCGUGAAAUCAAUCUUCAAUACUGAUUGGUUCCAUAGUUAUAAAGGGUAAUAUUUAACUAAAUGAAACAAUGGCAUCCAAUCAAUCAUUAAGAUUUGAGUCACUUGACAAAAUGAUUCAUCGUAAUGUAAAGCUUCAGAACUCAUUCAACCAACCUGGAAAUGCUAACAGGUAAUCAUUUAUUUAGCUAGUAAAAUUUUUAAUUUUAUUGUGAAAUAAAUGUGUCAGUGAAACUGGAAGUUCAGAGGAUCUUCAGGAAUGAUACUGCUCUAAUGAACUUCAAUAGUGUUUAUUCAUUGUAAAGUUUUGUACAUAUACAAAUAACUUAUGAUCUUUUGUGAAUGUAUAUUUGUAAACAUAUGACACCAAAUAAAAGGAAAGAAGAAG